CAUCCAAUCAAGUUCGCGAGCGGCGGCCUUUUUCAAUACUACAUACCGUCCAGCUUUAUAAAGAUUCGUAGGAAGGGACCAAAAUGGACUUACCCAAAAAUUGCCGUAAAAAUAACGUGAUAUACCGGCGGCCUCCUAAAUCGAGCCUGGUACGUAUAGUAAGGCAGCCAUAGAUCAUUCAUCACCAUAACAUUCCCAACACUUGUAAGAACGCCCCCGCAAAUUAAACAAACAUGUCAGAUCCCUCUACCAAUACCAAUACGUAUGGUGAGGUAAUCACAAACAGCCAGCAAACGCUAAGCUUGGGAUCCGCUCUCUUCGAAUACUUUCGCCCGGCAUGGGAUGCAGCGUUAGAGAGGAGAAAGGCGGAUAAGGCCCUCCGCGAUGGGCUCGGAGAAUGGGCCGUAGAAGCCUUUGACGCCGGUGGACGCUGUCAACAACCCGUCCUUAGGGAAGAUUCAUUUGUAACGCAUCUGAUUGAAAACAAGGCCACUUUCCAGCCAUCUGGGUCAUGUAACGCCAGUUUUGCCUGGGCAAAGCUACUUUACGCCUUGGACAUUCGACCUGGCGCUAAUAUUAUUGAAUGGCAAUCGUUGGGAACGGACGCCGACCCGGACAAAUCAGAUACCGUUGAGCUCAAGCUCGAGGGGCCAGUUCUUUGCCAUAUCGUCAAUCUAUACCAAAUCUAUAACUGGCCCAGCGGUGCUUUGCUAGACGACUUUCACCGCCGGGGAGUAACAUGGCCAUUGUCUUUCGGAGCAUUAAUCAUUCACCCCGAUCCCGAUAGUGAUGAAGGCAAGAGUACAUCCGAGACAUUUUCGGAGCCUAGGUCGUGGACCGCCACAUUCAGACCAGAUUCAAACAAAACACUUUUGGCUACUCGACAGCCAUUUUUGACGGAGUUCUCGAGAUAUUUUCCCUGGUCUGGGGUUCCUCUUGCUUUCGACGCCGAUUCCAUUGCUAUUAACUAUGUAAGCACAGUGAAGAAUUCUAGCUCUUCGAAUACCUUGCUUGGGCUCCCAGAUCCACAGGACCACUUGCGGACACGCUGCCGCAGCUUGUGCGAGUGCUUUGCAACUUUGAAUCCCACUCUAGACACAUCAACCACCAACGAAAAGCCGUAUCUCGUGACGCCGUCCUGGAUCAAGGAAGCCAGUCGCAUCAAACGGCGCGUGACAACGAAUGGAGGUGCAGACAACGGCCUGGUUCACCAUUUAGUUCAGUUUCUUCUUCCAAGGGUAAAAGAACGAAGAAGAAAAUUUAACAUCGAGGACGAUGAUGAAGAUCUCGAGGUAUGUUUGCAGGAGGAUGUAGAAACUCUUUGCUUUUACGAAGACGAUUCAUUCGUGUUCAUUUGGGACGGCAUAAGACGUUCGAGGAGGGCAUUCACGAUGAUGGACCAUGUUAAAGAGUUGCUACCAGAGGCGGUAAAAUCACUAAGUCAAGGAUCACCUAAAGCAUGGUUAAGCUCGUUGGGUGAGAUGACCGACGAAGUCUGCCAAGUUUUACUACUUCGUCAGCGAAUCAUGAACAUCCCAGUCUUGGUUCUAGAACUUGCAUCGGACCAUCCACUUUGGAAGUCAACUUGUUAUAUCGAGGGAAGAGUACCUACGCGAUGAAUUAUACAUAACCUCGACAUUCACAAUCCCACAUAAGGGAUGCGUUCAAGCAUCAUUAGGCUUCUUACAUAUUUUGUACCGCUACGCCACGGAUUUAUAAGCUUAUGAAGGAAUAUAGUAACCGGAACGUUCAAAUUCAAAAGUCGGUUAAGACUUACCUAGGUGGAUGCGAUGAAACCUACGCCCGAGUUCCUUUUAUUAUCUUUAUUACUCACAUCCCUUACAUCUAAGAUACCUUAGGUAUUCGCGCAUACAAGUCUCCACAUCUGAACUAUUUAACGCGAAUUGUCAUCUUCGACUGUUACUGAU